AUGGAGUUACCGGAGACUGCAGGUACUGGGAUCUCCUAUGAUGUCGGCCUUGGUUUUUGUUUUGUGCUCAACUGUUUCGAGUGGGGUUUGAAACUUCACGGCGACAACGCGAUCAACUGCAGAGCUGCAGCUGGUUGUCCCGACCGUCCGAUAACUUUGCGGACCGAGCGUCACUGUGACGCCGGGGGACCGCAGUAUGGAAGCGGGGCGCAGCGCCGCACCGCUGUAUUCACUCCUGGCUCUGUAUUUAUGACUUCCAGACCAGGAGUGUGCUGGAUGUAUGUGGUCUGUUGCCUUUUAUUUAUGCUUCACCAAUACUCUUACGCUAGUUUGGACUUCAAGUACCAUCACACGUCUUUGCUGGAGAAGUUUCUCCAUGAUGUGCACAUGAAUUUUUCAAGUAUCACUCAUCUUUACAGCAUUGGAAAGUCUGUGGAAGGACGGGAACUGUUGGUUAUUGCAAUUGGAGAAAACCCGAAGGAACAUCGAGUUGGCGUUCCUGAAUUUAAAUACAUCGGAAAUAUCCAUGGAAAUGAGCCUGUUAGCAGGGAGAUUCUGCUCCAUUUGAUCGAUUACCUGGUUACAAGCUAUGGACAUGACCCAAAUGUCACCGACCUGAUCAACAGCAUGAGAAUCCACAUUCUACCCUCGAUGAACCCAGAUGGGUUUGAAAUUUCGCAUGUUGGCAAGUGCACAGGCACACAUGGACGAUAUAACAAUAAUAACAUGGAUUUAAACAGAAAUUUUCCUGACCCUUUUGGAAGAAGUGUUUCACCUCUUGAGCCAGAAACAGAGGCAGUGAUACGAUGGAUACACAGUGAGCCUUUUGUGUUGUCUGCUAGUUUACAUGGAGGAGCCAUAGUGACAGCUUACCCCUAUGAUAAUAACAAUCAAGGUAGCAAUAACUACAGUCGGAGUCCUGAUGAUGAUGUGUUUAAAUACUUGGCAAAAGUGUAUUCCUUUAACCACAAGACUAUGUACAAAGGAAAUUUAUGUAAAAUGAAAUUCAUGGACGGGGUGACGAAUGGGGCUAAGUGGUACAACAUAGCAGGUGGAAUGCAAGACUACAAUUAUGUGUGGGGCCAGUGCUUCGAGGUGACAAUUGAACUGUCUUGUUGCAAGUACCCACCAGCUUCACAACUGCCACACCUCUGGGAACAGAACAAAGAAGCACUUAUCGUCCUUGUCCAGCAAGCCCAUCUAGGAUUGAAGGGCAGAAUUUUAGAUGAGGAUGGCAAUCCUGUUUCCAAAGCAAUUGUAAAUGUAUUUGGCAGGAAUAAUCUCAUCCCAUUCCAAACUAAUAAACUGGGAGAAUAUUAUAGGCUUCUGCUACCUGGGGAGUACACACUUAAGGUUGAAGCCAAUGGAUUUAACUCUUUGAACAAGACAGUGGAUGUGUUUGAUACCAUAAGCAAUUAUUCGGCUGUAGUUUGUGAUUUUGUGCUUACGAAACCAGAUACAAGUACAUGA